UCCUUUCUCUCCAAAGCUCUCGCUCUCUCUCCCACCUCCUCUCACUUUCAUUUCUUUGGGGAUCAGGCGCCAUACACUCUUAUCUCUUGCCCUCAAUUUGAGCACACCCGGAACCAGAAAAACACCUACUUCCCUUAAAAGCCAUGGCUUCUUCCACAGGUAAUUGGGCCAAAGCCCAGAUUUCCCAUCCUCUUUCCUCCUUCUCCUCCAGGACAAUGGAUUUGGGCUUCUCUCCAACAUCCAUAUCCUGGAAGAAACGGCAGCCCAACAGAACUAGUCUUAGGGGAAGCAACAAUGCCAACAUUAUUCAGUCAGUUUUGCACUCUCCCUCGGUUCCCCAUUUCCCAAAACAACCAGUCCAAAGCCCUUUAAUCCCAAGAGAAGACACCUCUGUAAAUGUAAAACCCAAAACCCACCACCAGCCCCAACAACAGCCACACUGGAACCUCCUCCAAAGAGCUGCAGCCAUGGCCUUUGACCUGGCUGAAAGGGCGUUGGUCUCACACGAGCGUCAACACCCACUUCCUAAAACCGCUGACCCACGUGUGCAAAUCUCCGGAAACUUUGCUCCCGUCCCUGAACAACCCGUCAAGCAAUCUCUUCCCAUCACUGGCACCAUACCUUCUUGCAUCAACGGUGUUUAUCUCCGGAACGGCGCCAACCCUUCAUUCGAGCCUGUUGCUGGCCACCACUUCUUUGACGGUGACGGCAUGGUACAUGCCGUUACCAUUGAUAAUGGGGACGCCAGCUACGCUUGUCGUUUUACUGAAACGCAAAGAUUUUUACAAGAAAAAGAAUUGGGCCGCCCUGUUUUCCCUAAGGCAAUUGGUGAACUUCAUGGCCACUCAGGGAUUGCCAGGCUUUUACUUUUUUAUGCGAGAGGGCUUUUUGGCCUUGUCGAUCACAAAAAAGGCACUGGAGUAGCUAACGCUGGCUUAGUCUAUUUCAAUAACCGACUUCUAGCGAUGUCCGAAGAUGAUCUUCCUUACCACGUGCGCAUCACUUCCUCGGGUGAUUUGGAAACAGUUGGAAGAUACAGUUUUGAUGAUCAACUUAAAUCCUCAAUGAUUGCACAUCCCAAAAUUGAUCCUUUUUCCAAGGAACUCUUUGCCUUGAGUUACGAUGUUGUCCAAAAGCCUUACUUAAAGUACUUCAGGUUUUUCCCUGACGGUAAAAAAUCACCAGAUGUCGAGAUUCCUCUGUCCGUGCCAACUAUGAUGCAUGAUUUCGCGAUCACCAAGAAUUUCGUGGUGAUCCCUGAUCAGCAAGUAGUGUUCAAGCUGCAAGAAAUGAUUACCGGUGGGUCUCCUGUGAUUUAUGACAAGAACAAGAAGUCUCGUUUUGGGAUUCUUUCUAAAAAUCCAAGUGAUUCUAAGGAUAUUAUUUGGGUUGAGUCGCCUGACACUUUCUGUUUUCACCUAUGGAACGCUUGGGAAGAGCCGGAAUCGGAUGAAGUUGUGGUGAUUGGUUCUUGCAUGACACCUCCCGACUCUAUUUUCAACGAAUGUGACGAGAGUUUAAAGAGUGUAUUGUCCGAAAUUAGGCUUAAUUUGAAGACAGGUGAGUCCACGCGCCGCCCAAUAAUCUCAGAAUCGGAGCAAGUGAACUUGGAAGCUGGGAUGGUUAACCGAAACCUGCUUGGAAGGAAGACAAGGUACGCUUAUCUUGCCAUUGCUGAACCAUGGCCGAAAGUGUCGGGCUUCGCCAAGGUUGAUCUUUUUACUGGGGAGGUAAAAAAACACAUUUAUGGUGAUAAAAGAUAUGGUGGGGAGCCGUUUUUCUUGCCUGGAGACGACAAUUGUGAAUCAGCUGAAGAUGAUGGCUAUAUUCUUUCAUUUGUGCACGACGAGAAAACUUGGAAAUCAGAGCUUCAAAUUGUAAACGCCAUGAAUUUACAGCUCGAAGCUUCAAUUAAAUUACCUUCCAGGGUCCCAUACGGCUUUCAUGGAACGUUUAUAGACGCCAAGGCCUUGCUCAAUCAAGAUUAAUUACACGUAAAUUAAGUUAAGAAAAAAAAAAAAAAACAGGUUUUUACAACCGCACAGGGAGAUCUUUACCAGAGGGAUGGUUCAGAUUACAGAUUCCUGGAUUCUCCUGGAAAUUUAAUUUUAGGUUAGACAUAGG